AUGUCCAGUGAAAACGCGAGUCUAUUGACUAUCAAUGCUACAGUAGGAAUCGGUGGGACACUUGCUCCGCAUGUGGUAGAGAAUGCUACGACGCCGAGUCUAAUGACUACAGUAGGACAUGCUGCCAAUCCAACAGUACCUCCAGCUAUGACUACGGCUGCUCCUGCUCACAGCGUCAAUGCUACAGUACCUUCAGUUGUUGUGACCACAGUGGCUCCACUGCAUGCUCUGAACGUUACUGUACCUGCUGUUGGUAAUGCUACACUACCUCCUCUCACUACGGUCGCCCCAUUACACGCUUUGAAUGUUACUGUACCACCAGUUACUACGAUUGCUCCUGCUCACGGCGUCAAUGCUACAGUACCUGUGACUACAGUGGCUCCAUUACAUGCUCUGAACGUUACUGUUCCACCAGUUGGCAAUGCUACAGUACCCCCUAUCCAUGCUCCGAAUGCUACCAUGCUCCCUGUCACUACCUCUGCUCCUGGAGCCACUACAAAAUCCGCUCUGAAUUCCACUAUGACUACUCCAAAGGCGUCCACCAAGUUCCCACAGCACUGCCAAUCUAUGGAUACAUUAUUCCAAUCAGGAGAAUGUUAUUAUGCUCUCGAAGGAAUCGACGCAGAAAUUGGCUCCAUGAGUUUGACAGAUACAGUGGCGAUUGAUCGGCUUAAUGGCUAUUGCGAAACGUUUUCGACCUGCUACCCUGCCAUCGAGAAAUGCGCAGACUUCGAUCCUUACUCGAUCUCUAUCCUCAAAGGAUUCUGUGACUUCUAUCAAUUUGUCACUAGUAGAUUCUUCCUGAACUGUGCCAGAGAUAUGGAAGGGCUGGACACACCGUGCACUGAUAACGCAACAGAGACCAUUUUGAAUUUUAAUGGCACCACUGCUGUGAAAUGUGCCAAGUUGACAGCCGUCAGCAGUUGUUCUGUGGAAGAAGUCAAUAAUUGGUGCAAUUUGAGAGCGAAACAGAAUUAUGAGAUGUUUAUCAAUCGACAUAUUCAGGAAUGGAUGUGUUGA